AUGAUGAUGCCUCCUUGGUCCCUCGUUUGCCUCGCAGUGACGGUUACUGUCGUUUCCACACAGUACCUUUCCGAUGGUGGCGAAAAUGAGAAACGAAACGAUUUCUCACGCGACAUUAUGCACUUCGGCAAGCGAGCAGUCAUUCCAGCGGGAUACAAAAGCAGUAACCGUACAGAUGUAUGA